AUGAAACUUAUAAGAAUAUUAAAAGCAUUUACUUGUCAGCUGGAGAAAAAAAAACUGUUUUUAACUAGUUGCGAAGAUCUGUUAAGAUUAACGAUGAGGAUUCAACACAGCGAAUUAUUUUAUUUGAAUAAAUCAGCUUUGACAUUAUCCACAGACAGCUCAAAAAAUAACUGCGAGAAGAAUGAAGAAAAAGAAAGACAAAUGCAACAAAUGGUCUCAGAUGAGAAACGCAAGCAUGACUCGAUUGCUAACAACGUUAUUACUUAUUUAACUGAAUCAACCAGAGGAUCCGUAUUAAACGGCACAGUUCGCAAAAGCUGUGGUAAAGUUGAGACAACAAAAUAUUGCAACAUUGAAUUUAAUUAA